AUGGAUCCGAGGGUAUUCUUGCUCCUAGCAGUUUCUGCUGCACUAUGCGGCGUGUCUUCAGCGAAUCCAGCCAACUUUCUUACUCAAACUGUUUAUGGCUUCCUGGACUUUACAACAACAAUAGGAAAUACUGUAAUGGUGUUUUCGCCAAAUUCCGCUCCACCUCCAGAACCUGUGACCGAGAAAUCAGUUCAAGAAAAUGUUAUAGAAACCAAACCACCGCCUAUAACGAGUAUAAAGCCAGAAGCCAUAAAACCAAGUAAAACAACUAGUAAAGAAAAAACAAACAAAGCGCCAACCCCGAUCGUGGCAUCUAGUGCUAUUUCUGUUGUAACGUCUCCACCAAAAGUUGCAGAGAAGCAUGCUAAUGCUCCAAAACCUAUUAUUAAAGAACAAAAGCAAAUAAUUACUAAAGUUGAAGUUUAUGCGGGACCUUCUAAAAUCGUGGAAAAUAACUCUAUGAAACAAACUUCUUCAAAACCCAAUAAACAAGCAACUCAACCAAAUAAAAAAGAAACAAAGAAAAGUCAAACAAUAAAAAGUGUUUCAAAUGUUGUAAGCAGCAAGGUUGAAGGAAAACAAAAUUUAGCACCAUCAAUUGUGAUGAACACAAAGGUAAAUAAAAUUGUGGAAAUAAAAUCCAGUCAAGAAGAACCGGCAAUAUUAGUUACAAACAAUAACAUUGGCGAGCCUGAGUACGAUUAUUUAUCGCGACAACCCUCAGAGUUUGUAGAAGAAACUUAUAGAGUUAUAAACUUACGCCCGUCUAAACCCCUUGGCCAAAAACCUAAAGGACCUAAAACGCGAGUUCACCCACCGACGCCUUCACAAGACGACGAAGAACACCCUCUUGGCCUGGUUACUACCCUGGGAGGAACAAUUGUCAAAGAUGGACUUACAACCGUACACGAAACGAGUGUUAUCGGAACUUAUAUAUCUGGAAAAUAUGCUCAAGUUUUAAACAGUAAUUCAAAAAUAUUACAAACUGGCCAUAAAGGAAAAAUUUCACCAAGCCCUACUCAUAGAAUACUAAAAACGGCAGCGCCUGCAAUUGCAAAAAAUCAUAGACACAAUCUAGAACCAACACCAUCAAUUAGCGAUGAAGAAAAUCACACUAAGGCUGCUAGAAGACAACCCAGUAGUGGUACCUCCUUUAAAAACAGACAUAGGAUUCAAAAUAAUGAAAACGAUAGCACAGAGCCAAUCAAUCAGUCUAAAAAAUUUAAAAACAGAAAUUUACCUUCUGGGCAAAAAACAUUAAGUACACGAUAUGGCCGACCCACAAACACUCCUCAACUGGCAACCGUCUCUGUUUUCAGUGAACCACCAGCACCACCAGCGUUUUCAAAUAGAAGAAAGAACAAUCGAAACUCUGGGCAUAAGACCACUGUUACUCCACCCAGUAGUAAUGAUAGUCAAUCACGACGCGGCUUCAAACCUCGAGUACAGCCAUCAGCAGUUGAGCAAGUCUCGGCUUCUUCAACAAGUGUGUACAAAUUCAAAUUGAAUCGCUCGCCAGGUUCAGGACGUUGGCAAUACAAAACAAGUCCUAAGCCUAAAGUGACAAUUCGAAAAAUGAGUGGUGAUGAAGAGCCAACAACUCCAAAUACAAAUCCACUUUUUGACGACGUGCAAUCGAAUGAUGUUACACCAUUAGCGCGUUCAGAUAACGACCUUGAGUUAUCCGGAUCACAAACUGGUCCUGGCACUCUUUUAGAUAACGAAUCUGAUGACAAUUCUAUUGAAAAACCUCCUCCAGUCGAAACCAUUAAGGUAGAAAUCUCAACUCCAGCAGAUUUUCGCGAUGUCUACUACGAAAUUGCCACUCUUAAGUCUCCAUACACAUUCCAGGUUGGACGCGUUAAAAAUACUCGUAUUAUUACGGUAACAUCGACAAUUGAAAAGCGCAUAGAACCGACAUUAUCCUACAAUUCGCAAAGUUCUCUCAACGAACCGUUGACAGAAAAUAUAUUAGCGACAGCGUCUCCAUAUGGAAAAGAUCACCUAUUGGAUUCCAGCAUAGUCACGUUGCCAGCUAUUACUCUGUCGUCUGAUAUUGAAACACCACCAUUAGAAACGGUGACAGAAACAUUUAGUACUACACAACAUAUGCUUAAGACUCAUAUAUUACCAAUUGUAAGAGAUUCUAACGUUACAAACAGUUUAACCUUCAUUCAAACCUAUCAAGUGACUCGCUUAGUUACUGCAACGAAAACAUUACCACCGUUGGACUUUUUCCAAUUUAUACCGAGCAAGACCCUUAAAGAAUUUAACAGCAGACUCGAUGAAGCUGGUUCAGAGCUACAUUUAGAAUUAGACUUUGGUGAUAGCAACGAAGACGAAGAGGGUGUACCACGCCGCGUAUUUCCAUCAGACUUAGAUCUUGCAAAUAUUGGAUCAGAUUUCGACCUCACAGAAAUUGAUAAAUACAGAGACAACCAUUUAAGACUCAAGAAAGCACAUGGACAAAAUAAAAACAAUCAAGUUACAGAACCACCCCUACCAUCAACACCGGCGUUGUCUCCAGAGCAAGCUCAACAACUGGCUUUACUACGUUUACUUAACCCUGCUGCGGCUGCCCAAAUACCUAAUGUAGUCACCACAUCAAAGCCAGUGCUCAAAUAUGAGACGAUUUACGAAUCACACGUCAUUCCAGUCUUCGAUGGUAAGAAUACGAUCCAGAGUACUAUAUCCCGAGCAGUAGCAACAGUUACCAGGACUGAGUUUGAAGUGGGAACCAGUAGCCUUCCUGCUCUUCCAUUGAACCCCCUCUUCCCUCAACAACAAUUCACAGUGACGUCCACGCCAGUCGUGAUAAAUACAGAAGUGGUAGCCACAAACAGUCAAGUUUUGAAACUGACAUUUGGUGCUAAAACAGUCUACACAACAUUAUUUUCGACUGCAGUCGUACCAACAGUGUUGACCUCAUACGUUACAUCAUCUAUUCCAAUACAAGCUAGUGCUGCGCCUGGCUUCCCUGGAUAUUACCCACCCCCAUAUGCACCCUUUCCUUACGUUGGUUAG